ACUGGGGGCAGCCCUUGGAGACGACGACGGAGGCCUGUCUUCCUCGUAAAGGGAAUUGCCAUUCGCCCACCAAUUUGAAAACUGAACGACAGCCGCAGGAAAUCGUUUUCCAAAUCACCCAAAUCCGGAAAAUUAAUAGCUCUGGAUUUCCGUUUAUCCAAAAACUUUUCCCGGUUUUUUCUGAGUGAUCCACAAACCAGUCAAAUCUUCUUCUCCAAUCACACCCACCCGCGCUACUUAGGGUUUCUGGGGGUUUCCCGGCGAUCCAAUUUGGCAAUCCUUCGCGGCAUUGAUUUCUUCCAUUCCCGAUGUCAACUCCUCAUAGGAAGGGGUAUCUUGCCUUGUCCCUGACGCCGCGGAGCGAGGCCUCGAGGAGCGCCGCUAAGGGCAAAGCGGUUGCUGGGCCACCGCUGGGUUUGUUGGACGACAAUGGGCGGGGCGGCGUUGGCGUCGGUGGCGGCGAGGGCUUGGAGGACUGGAGGCGGUUCAGGGAGGCGGGACUGCUGGACGAGGCGGCAAUGGAAAGGAGGGACCGCCAGGCGCUUGCGGACCGGGUCUCCAAGUUGCAGAAUGAGCUAACGGAUUACCAACACCACAUGGGGCUUCUCUUGAUGGAGAAGACACAGCUUGCUGACAAUUUUGAAGAAUUAAGGAAAGCAUUAGCAGAAGCUCAGGAGCUUCUCAAGCGGGAGCAGACAGCACAUUUGAUUGCAAUCUCAGAGGCUGAGAAGAGAGAAGAUAAUUUGAGGAAGGCUUUGAGCUUCGAGAAGCAAUGCAUGGCUGAUCUUGAAAAGGCUUUGCGGGAAUUGCGUGCAGAGGAGGGGCAGAAAAAUCUUGAAUCUGAAGCAAAGUUGGCUAAUGCUAAUUCUUUGGUCGCUGGAAUAGGGGACAAGUCUUUGGAGGUGAGAGGAAAGCUGCAUGAUGCUGAGGCAAAGCUUGCUGAGGUCAAUAGGAAAUGCUCACAGUUGGAUGUGAAAAUGCAAGAAUUGGAGAGACGUGAUAGUGUACUUCGGGAGGAGCGCCGAUCUCUGAAAAUAGAGCAGGAGGAGCACAAGGCAGCAUUUUUCAAGCAAAGGGAAGAUUUAAGAGAAUGGGAGAAGAAAUUGCAGGAGCGAGAAAGAAGGCUAAGUGAGGAUCGGAGAAUUAUUAAUGAGAGGGAGGAGAAGGCAAAUGAAAGUGAUCGGAUUCUUCGGCAAAAGGAGAGGGAUCUUCAAGGGGCUGAAAGUAGGAUAGAGUCCUCUACCUCCUCAUUGAAAGAGAAAGAGGAAGACAUAAAUCGAAGGUUAGAAGACUUGGUUAUGAAAGAAAAGGAAGCUGACUCUCUGGGAAGCAUCUUACAAAGAAAAGAAGAAGAAUUGCGAGCGCUGGAGGAGAAGUUGAACAUCCGAGAAAAGAGGGAGAUCCAAAAGGUCCUUGAAGAGCAGAGGAUUAUCUUGGAUGGGAAACUUCUCCAGUUUGAAUCAGAACUAGAAGAGAGGAGAAAGUCGGUGGAUAAGGAAUUGAGAAGUAGGGUUGAAGAAGUAGAAAGGAAAGAAGCUGAUGUAAGCCACAAAGAAGAGAAGCUAGUGAAACGAGAACAAACAGUUGAUAUGAAGAUGGAGAGGGUAAAAGAAAAAGAGAAGGAUCUUGAUGCAAGGAUGAAAACUUUGAAGGAGAAGGAGAAGUCCAUGAAACUUGAGGAGAAAAGGCUGGAGAUCGAGAAGAAACAGAUGCUUGCAGAUAUAGAAAGCUUGCAGAACCUCAAGGAUGAAUUGGAAAAUAUAAGAGCAGAUAAUGCUCAGAAGGAGAUGGAUAUACGAAAAGAGGAGGAGAGUCUAAGGAUAACUGCAGAGGAGAGAUCAGAGCAUCUUCGGCUUCAAGCAGAACUGAAGAUGGAGAUAGAAAAGUGCCAAAGUCAAAGGGAGUUGCUUCUGAAGGAAGCUGAGGAACUGAAAGAGGAAAGGGAGAGGUUUGAGACGGAGUGGGAUGUUUUGGAUGAGAAGAGAGCGGCAGUUACCGAGGAACAAAGAAAAGUUCUUGAAGAGAAAGAAAGUCUAAAGAAAUGGCAGCUCUCCGAGGAAGAAAGGUUGAAAAGGCAGAAACUAGAAACAGAGAACAUUAAGAGAGAGUUGGAAACUCUGAGAUUGGAGAAUGAAUCAUUGAAUGCCAAGAUGAGGCAUGAGGAAUUGGACUUGUCUGAGAAAGCAGAAGACGAACGCAAGCAAAUGCUUCAAGAGUUUGAAGUGAUGAAAAUGGAACUUGAGGCUAGCCUUCGAAGUCGUCAAGGAGAAGUGGAGAAGGAGCUGCUUGUUAGAGGGAGAGAACUUGAAGCUCAGAGGGAUGCAGAACUUAAAAAAAUAAAUGAGUUGAAAGAAAAUGCGCUGAGAGAGCUGGACGAAGCAAGAUCAGAAAAGCUUAGGAUACAAAAGGAGAAACAGAACCUUGAGCAGAACAAGAAACAGCUUCAUGUGGAUCAACUUAAGAUGCGUGAAGAUAUUGACCAGCUUGUUGCUCUAAGCCAAAAACUGAAAGAAAAGAGGGAAAAGUUCUUAAGGGAAAGAGACCGCUUCCAUGAUUUUGUUGAGAAGCUUAAAAGUUGUGGAAAUUGCGGAGACUUGACGAGGGAAUUCUUGCUCUCCGAUUUGCAGUCACCUGAGAUGGGGGAUAAGGAGGAUUUUGUGCUGCCAGGGCUGGUGGAUGAAUUAUCUAAGAGUGGUCAAAUUAACACAAGUCCUUUGAACAGAACUGCUGCAAAUAAUUCUUCUGCUGGAGGCCCUAUUUCCUGGCUUCGUAAAUGUACAUUGAAGAUCCUCUCCCCGAGUAAGAAGAUUGAUAAUGAUGUUGAAACAGAUGAGAGAACCAGAAGGUUUAGUAUUGUUGGAGUGGAACCCGAGUCAUCCUCUCAUGUCCGGGAUCUUAAAUCUGAUGACGAUGUCAAGAGGGCGGAUGAUGCUCAUGAGCAAUCUGUAGAUAACAACAGCUACUUGAGCAGUCAGAUGCAACAAGAAGUUCCUGAAGACUCCCAGCAAUCUAGGUUGAGGAGAGGGCAGCCAAGAACUAGAAAUCAGCGGGGACGAGUUUACAGAAAUCGUUCUGUAAAGGCCGUGGUUGAAGAUGCGAGGACCUUUCUGGGUGAUGACCUCCCUCCAGAACUAAAGCACAAUGAUGAGGUGCAACCUGAUGAUGAUGUCACCAACCAGGAUAGUCCUCGUGCAGAGAAUGCGUCAAGAAAUGGCAGAAGGAAGCGUCAGCAUGCUGAGAGCUCGAGAAUGACUGGGAGUGAGAUGCAUGCAGCAGAUAGUGAAGGACCUUCUGAUAGUGUCACCGUGGGAGGUGGAGGGCGUAAAAAAAGGAGGCACACUGCUGUUGCUCCUUCAGCUGUACAAACUCCAGGACAAACUCGGUACAAUCUUAGGAGACACAGGCCCACUAGCAGUGCCGUAGCAGUGGAAACCUCCUCUGACAUGAAUCAAGAAGGAAAGAAAGAACACGAUAAGUGUAAAGCGGCAAAAGCAACUGCAUCUGAGGUUAAUAGUUUGCCAGCUCGCGACCGGGAUGAUGAUGAUGGUAUUCAUUCACGCAUGGCCCAGGUUACAACUGUAAAAACUGUAGAGGAGAAGAUAGUAAGGUUCACUACAGCAGACACCAUUGAUGAGAAUGCCGAUGCCCCAGCGGUAGUUCAGACGGCUGACUUGAUUGAGGAAGUGAACGAUACUCAAGAAUUUUAUGAGGAAGAGGAUGCUGGAAAUGAAGCCGAGGAGGCAGAGGACGACUAUGACGAAGAGGCAGAUCACCUUGGUGAGGCAUCGAUAACUAAGAAGAUCUGGACUUUCUUCACCACUUGAUCACUAAAGAAAUUCGUAGAGCCCCUAUCAUCUGUUGACACCCGCAGACUUAACCUUCAGCGCAAGGAAUAAAAGGAGCUGAGCCCUAGCACUGUAAGAUAGUCCUGGAUCUUGUAAGCAGAGUUACCAAAAAAUUGAUCCAGUUAGAGAAUUCUGCUCUUUGGUUUGCCGUUUUUCUUUUUUUAAUUUUCUUUCCUAUCUUUCAUUUUUGCCAUGUAGUCAGGUUUUAGAUACAAAAAAGGGACUGGAGAGAGUUGUUUGUUAAUGCAGACUUCUCCGCCCCAUUAGGAUUUAGACAUCGGAUCAUUGUUGUUAGUUAAAUACAUGCCCGUCGAUUUUUUGACA